CCAUAUUGGAAUUUAGCUAAAAAUACCAUCGUGAUUUCCAUGCCCAAAAUAGCACAACUUGUACAGUUUUAACGACGAAGAUUCUACUGAGACUUGCCCUAUUGCAAACAAUCUAACAACUGAAAAAAAGUCAACAUGGGGAGAAAGAAAAUAUCCAUUACUCGAAUUAAUGAUGAAAGAAAUCGUCAGGUGACUUUCACAAAAAGAAAAUUUGGCCUGAUGAAAAAAGCUUAUGAGUUGAGUGUUCUUUGUGACUGUGAGAUUGCUCUCAUCAUUUUCACAUCCAAUAACAAGCUGUACCAGUAUGCCAGCUCUGACAUGGACAAAGUCUUACUCAAGUACACAGAGUAUAAUGACACUGUGGUCAGUCAGACCAACAAGGAUAUACUGGAGAUGUUGAACAAGAAAGACGUGAAAGGAGAGGGAGGGGAUGAUGAUGAUGACUAUAACUUGACCCCCAACACAGAGGACAGGUACCGCAGAAUUGACCAGGAGUAUGCACGGGUGAUGCAGACAGGAGGGGCGCAGAAACAAGUAUUAUACCAACAGCCCAUGCCAGUGUCUGUCCCCGUGCAGGGAGGAUCCUUUCCUCAGACCAGUCAGCAGCAGGGGUCAGGGGGAUCAGUGGUUCUCCUUCAGCCCCCUGUUGCCCAUACUUCCAUCCAACAAACAACAGCUGCUAAAGCCCCACCCCCAGUGACUGCUACAAAAACCUCUCCCGCCCAACCAACCCCGGAAUUGUCUCCAAACAUUGCCUCAAAAGAAAUGGACUUUGGAUUAGGAAAAGGAAAACCCAAUCUUCGAGUUGUCAUUCCACCGAAAACAGAUACAUCAGCUGCUAAAACACAAUCCACUUCCCUCGACACACCACAGGUUUCUCAGGCCACACCCAGUACACAGUUAGCUUCAGUUCUCCCUUCAGCUCUCUUACCCAGUGAUUUACAGAUAAAUAGUGCUGAUUUAGCAAAGCUACUGGGCUCAGCAGCCUUUGGAGGAGGUGACGCUCUACCAGGCCCUCUAACGGCAGCUGUACAGGCAUCAGGAAUAUCACUUACACCAAGUGGAUUAACACCCACCACCAAUAUACAGAGCCUGCUGAUACCAUUUUCACAUGCUCAAGCACUCCAGAUGCAGCUAGCGGGGAAAAAUGUCAAAGCAGAACCCACGUCACCACCAGACAAAGGGGGAUCAUCAGAGGAUGAUGGGCCUCCAGAAAAACAGCCACGUAUGUCAUCUGACCGAUGACAAUAACUAUUUGUACAGUGUAGAUAGUUUGGGAAUCUUGUAUAAUGUAAUAUGCACAACAUGUAAUAGUUUUUUUCCCCUGCUGUGUUUAUUUCUGUGUAAGUUUCAAGAGGCCUAUGAACAUUUUGUAUUCAAAAUACACAUGAAGUGUGUAUAAAUUACACAUUAACACUUGAGAUUCUGUAUAGUAAAGGAUAAGGUAUGGUAAGGCCCCCUUUAACCCUAAAAAGACCAUAUGAAGUGGAGUGAGUGUUGUGCAAAAUCUGAGUCUGUACUGAAUAACUCUACGUGUAAUGAAGUAAUCUUAGGAAAUGUCAGACUUUCUAAAUAUUGAUUUAAUACAACAAAACAAUUUAAUUAAGCUAUGACUCUUAGAUUUGCUUAUUUAAUUAUAAAUGAAAAAAAGUUUUGACCUAUUUACAUGUGAAGAUUUACAGAUAUUUAAAUAAAAACAUCUUGGCUUGGACUUUUUCCAUGAAUAUUCUUUCAUUCAAAUUAGCUCAACCCACCUGUUUUCUUUCAUUAUGAUAGAUGAAGAGUUGUUUUCAGUGCUGAAAUUAAUUUUGCAUAUGGUGCAUGGUAGUCAUUUGAUGAGUUGAUGAUAUUUUUCAGAAUUAACCUUUUUGCAAAUCCUCUGUAAUUGUGUAGAAAUUUGGAUAAAUGUGGUAUAUAAUUUAACAUAAUUUUUCAUCUGGUCUAUCAUUUUGGUGGAGAUUUGUUUAUGCUCUAAAGUCUUAUAUUCAGCAUCUUUGAAGUUGAACAACAAAAAAAAUUGUUUUAAAAUGCUUAAAUGUUAUUAUAAAAAGACUUGCCUCUGAAGAGAUUAAAUAAUGGUUAUUGGGUUGUUUACAAACCCAAAAACUUGUCAAAUCCAUUGGUAUAGUGUAGGAUAAUAAGUACUGUUAGUUUUGCAAAAUUAAAGUUUCUUUAUCUCUAUAAUGCGAAAGUAUGUGGACAAUUUUUGUCAAAACCUGUGGUACAUUUUAGCAUGUAUUAGCUAAACAAUAUCCCAAUCAUGUAUAACAUUUCCAACUUCGCAAAAUUUUAUUUGUAUCAUAUGUAAAUACUUUGUGAUGUGAAAUUCAUCAGCUUUAAGAAAUCCAAUGUAUACAUUGUACUAGCCUUCUAACAAGAAUUGUUUUACUGGUAAAUGUGAUUUUAUCAGGCCGAGAAAUACAUGUUAGUAUUGGAUUAAAUUGAAUGUUUACAUGUGUGGUUUAACUGUUAUACCUAUUUUGAUCAAUUUACAUUUAUCACUUUUAACCAUUUGUUUAUCAUUCAUUCACAUUUGAUUCAGUUAAAAUUAAAUUAUUAUAACAACAGGUAUUAUUGUAAAUGCAUGGAAUAUUUUGUUUCAUUUUAUGAAUUAUCAGUAUUUUUCUCUUUUUUUGCACUAUUUCAUAACUUGCACCAAAAUAUUCCAAGCAGAUAAUUUCAUUCACUUGGCACUAAAAGCAUAGUGUAUAUUGUCUUGUUUUCACGGCAGUUAUUUUCACAUUUUACAUAAAUUAAUGAUGAAUAUGAUAUAUGAUUAUUCACUAAAGAGAUUUGUAAAAGAACCUCAAAUUCUAAAUGGAGUAAAAAUAGAUUUUGUUUUAAUAGAAUAUAUGUAAAUAAUCAUGAUUAAAUUUAAAUCAACAUACAGUAAUUAAGUGAUAGUUAAGGACUUGAAAUAAAAUUUCCAUAAAGGUUUUUGUGUUUUAAAGGUUUUUCUAAAAGUGUUCUUAAAUUUGGAUUGUUUUGAUAGAAUUUAUUUGAUAUUGCAUGUUACAACAUAAACAUAGCCGUGUCUUGUAAGAGGUUUGGCAUCAGUUGAAGGUGUCAGGUUUCAGAUUGGUAUAGCUAAAUCACUUGUCAUGUGUCUCUUGUAUACCGGUAAAAUAUAACAUUGACAAAAUCAAUUUAUCCAAGACUUUCCAUCAAGUAUUAGGAAUACAUGUAUAUAUUUUAUGUCCAUUUGUAAGACACUAUUUGCUAGAGUUUGAUAAUUCAUCUGUGGAAGUUUAGUCAGAAUGGCAGGAGGAUUAAAUGCAGGUUGUGAUUGCAAUGUUCAUGUUUAUAAUCCUUUCUUGACAUGCAAUGUUAAUUUUCUGACAUAAUAGAUAUUCCUCCUCAAACUGUGCUUGAUAGGGUUAAAUCACCUAGAAGGUAAACUUGUUUCUUUUUACAGAUAGAAUUGUUUUAGAUUGAUGUGCCAUUUUUCAUGAUAUUCAUAGAAAAGUAUAUCAUUUUGAAAUCAUGGUAUUUUUGUUUAGAGGAUAUGUAUAUGCAAUAAAAUAAUCAUUUUUGAAAAA